UGCAAAGCUAUGCUAGCUGGUCCCUAGCAGAGCAGCCUGACUGCGAGCAAAAAACAACAACAGGCUACUUUGGCAGCUGCAUGGAUAACGACAACAACAACGACGACAAGGAUUUCACGCGUGCAAUGAUAUCUUCUUAAACCAAAAUGCAUCCUAGCCUUAUAAUCAGCGGCGGCGGCAGCAGCGGUGCCAUGAAUAGUGGACUCCCAGCUUCAGCUGCUCCGCUCGGGGGUGCCGGGAUACCCAAUGUCAAGGUGAAGUUUUGCCGAUACUACGCGAAAGACAAAACGUGCUUUUAUGGAGACGAAUGUCAGUUCCUGCACGAGGAUCCGUCCAUGGCAAGCCUGCCGCUGCACGGCGGCGGCGGUAGCCCCGUCCAGUUGUCCAUGGCCGGGGGUGGCGGGACACCCGCGGGAUAUUCCCUCGGUGGCUCCGCGGCAGCCUGCCCGGGUGGCGGGGGGACCGGUGUGUCCAAGAAGAGCGAAACAUUGGGGCCUGCAGGCACGUCCCUGGAGGGACAGCUGUUAACCAUUCCAGGGAUGGAGGGGGCGACCCUGAGCGAUGCCAAUCUUACCAACUCUUACUUCAGCAGCAGCUUUAUCGGGGUCAAUGGAUUUGGAAGCCCAGUGGAGUCUAAAUACUCAAUGAUGCAGCGAAUGACUACCAGCAGUAGCUCUCCCAGUCUCCUCAAUGAUGGUGCCAAGAACUUCAGCCACAGCACUCAUGAUCCAGUGAACUCCCCGACAUCCUCACUGUUCAGUGAUUUUGGUGCUCUUAGCAUUUCCCAAAGGAGAAAGACUCCUAACCCGGCAGCAAGCAUGUCCCUGUCUGCGGGGUCUUCUCCUCUCCACUCCCCAAAAAUUACACCGCACACCUCACCUGCCCCUCGUCGGCGCAGUCAUACCCCAAACCCUGCAAACUACAUGGUGCCCACCACCGCAUCUGACCAGGGCACUCACAUUAUCCAGAAAGAGACUGUAGGGGGGACUACCUACUUCUACACAGACAACACCCCAGCACCAAUGGCUGGGAUGGUGUUUCCUACCUACCAUAUCUAUCCCCCCACUGCACCCCAUGUGGCUUACAUGCAGCCAAAAGCAAAUGCCCCGUCCUUCUUCAUGGCUGAUGAGCUUCGACAGGAGUUGAUAAACAGACAUCUGAUUACCAUGGCGCAGAUUGACCACUCAGAAAACCCAGAUGUACCGUCUGAGGUGGAUAGCUACCACAGCUUGUUCCCCCUUGAGCCACUCCCCCCACCAAACCGCAUACAGAAGACCAGCAACUUCAGCUACAUCACCUCCUGCUACAAGGCCGUCAACAGCAAGGAUGACCUGCCUUACUGUCUGAGGAGGAUACAUGGUUUCCGCCUUGUUAACACAAAGUGCAUGAUGCUGGUGGACAUGUGGAAGAAGAUCCAGCACUCAAACUCUGUAACAUUGAGGGAGGUCUUCACCACCAAGGCCUUUGGAGACCACUCGUUGGUGUUCUCUUACGACUUCCAUGCGGGUGCAGAAACCAUGUUCAGCAGACACUUCAAUGACCCAGCAGCAGACUCGUACUUUACCAAGAGGAAGUGGGGACAACAUGAGCCUCCCCCACCACGGCAGCACGCAGGUCUGCUCCCUGAGUCUCUGAUCUGGGCCUACAUUGUCCAGCUCAGCUCGGCUCUGCGCACCAUCCACACUGCUGGCCUAGCCUGUCGUGUCAUGGAUCCCAGCAAGAUUCUCAUUACUGGCAAGACCAGGUUACGUGUGAACUGUGUUGGGGUGUUUGAUGUCUUAACAUUUGACAACAGUCAGACCAAUCAUCUUGCUCUAAUGCCACAGUACCAGCAAGCAGACCUAGUGUCACUGGGCAAGGUGGUGCUGGCGUUGGCAUGUAACUCCCUGGCUGGCAUUCAAAGGGAGAACCUGCAGAAGGCCAUGGAGCUGGUGUCUAUCAACUAUUCUUCAGACCUCAAGAACCUCAUUCUAUAUCUGCUGACUGAACAGUCUCGCCUGCGCAGCGUCAAUGACAUUAUGCCAAUGAUUGGAGCCCGAUUCUACACGCAACUAGAUGCAUCACAGAUGAGGAAUGAUGUCAUUGAGGAGGACCUGGCCAAGGAGGUACAAAAUGGCCGUCUCUUCCGCCUGUUGGCCAAACUGGGCACCAUCAACGAGCGGCCAGAGUUUCAGAAAGACCCGACGUGGUCAGAGACGGGCGACCGCUACCUGCUGAAACUUUUCCGGGAUCACCUGUUUCAUCAGGUGACAGAAGCUGGGACGCCCUGGAUUGACCUCAGCCAUAUUGUCUCCUGCCUCAACAAACUGGACGCGGGCGUUCCUGAGAAAAUCAGCCUGGUGUCUCGGGAUGAGAAAAGUGUCCUGGUUGUGACUUACUCGGACCUGAAGCGCUGCUUCGACAGCACCUUCCAGGAGCUGCAGGCUGCAGCCUCUGGCUCUCUGUAG